AUGGACGAUGCCGGAGAGUUCUACUAUUCUCAUGACCUAGGUCAGUUUUCCCGUUAUCUGUCCUCGGUCAAAGGGCGUUUUGGUCUUUUGGGCUCAUUAAGGGUUUGGAGUGCUUUUAAGCACUGUGGACAGAGAGAGAAAAGGAGGAAGGGGUUCGUGAUUUUGGGCCGCCGCCAACCAUCAAGGAGAUUUUUUCUCCUUCUCCAGCUCUCCGCCGGCGCCGACGAAGCCGCCGGCUCCGCGCGCACAGCGCCCCCCUCGCCGGCAGCCUCCGCGUGCACAGCGCCCCCCUCGCCGGCAGCCUCCGCGUGCACAGCGCCCCCCUCGCCGGCAGCCUCCGCGCGCACAGCAGCCCUCCUCCGGCACUUAUCGGCAGUCCUGGUGCCGACUUUGCCUAGUGUUCCGGCCUACGCGCCAUUGUCACAUUCCGGCCUGCGAACCGAUGUCGUACGCCGGUCGUGUCGCCGUUGUAUUCCGAUUGUGUGUCACCUUUCAGACCCAUGCCGCAUUCGGCUCCGCGUUGUCACCUCCGGACCCAGCUCCUCUUCGGUCGGUUCAGAGGCAUCCACCCUUCCUGGUCACGACGACUCGGUCAGUUUCACGACCAGCUCACUCAUCCAUCCGAGGGCGCCCUCCUGGGCCAGGGUACGUUCUCGUACCUUCUUUGCAUUUAUUUCAAUAUUCUAUUAUUAUUCGGAUAUUUAUGCAUUUGUGGAAUUCGCCUCGAGCACCGAGGUACCAGAGACCGGGGGGACCCGGUCGAUGGAUACAGGUACAGUUGACCGGAGGAGGACUUCUGACGAUCUGGUCAAUGUAGCGGACAGAUCAUCCACUGGGUCAUGAGGAUGCGGUCAACCUUCCAGACACGUCACACCGGCAGGUUCGUCUUCUCAGCUUCUAGACAGGAUCAGGUGACAGGUACUUGGAUUUUGCAUAUGAUGGUUGAAGAUGGUUGAUAGUAAAUUAGUUGAUUUUUUAUUUUAUAAGACUUUGUUAGUUUUAAAACUCAAUGAUUUGUUAGUAUUUAGUUAACAUUGGAUUCAAUGUUUUUUACAUUAGUAAUGCAUUUGUAUUUUUGUGAUGAUGGGAUGAAUUAUAUAUGAUGAUA